GCGCCUGGAACAGCAGUGGGAGCAGCGCCGGAGCCUCCGUGCCCUGCAACCAGAGCAUCCUGAAGCUCGCCCCUUACUCCCCUGAAGCCACGGUGGCCUUCGCCACCGCAAUAACCCUGAUGGUCGUCUUUACCAUCGUGGGGAACAUUAUGGUCAUCAUCGCUGUCCUGACCAGCCGGUCUCUCCGAGGACCACAGAAUCUGUUUUUAGUGUCACUGGCUGCUGCAGACAUUUUAGUGGCCACACUCAUCAUCCCCUUUUCUCUGGCCAAUGAACUGCUUGGCUACUGGUACUUCAAAUCUCUAUGGUGUGAGAUCUACCUGGCGCUGGAUGUGCUGUUUUGCACCUCCUCCAUCGUGCACCUGUGCGCCAUCUCACUGGACCGCUUCCUGUCAAUUUCCAGGGUUACUUACGGGCGUCAGCGGACUCCCAAACGCAUCAAAGCCGCUAUUGUGGUAGUGUGGCUCAUCUCUGCCGUCAUCUCUUUCCCUCCCCUGCUCUCACUGAACAAAAGCGAAGGAGGGGAUGAGGGGAGUGAGGGGGGACCUCAAUGCAGGCUGAAUGAUGAACGCUGGUACAUCCUUUACUCCACCAUCGGCUCCUUCUUUGCUCCAUGCCUCAUCAUGAUUCUGGUCAACAUAAGAAUCUACCAAAUUGCCAAGCAGAGAACACGUUGUCCACCAGGAGAGCCCAGGAAGGAUGGGGUCGGCUCUGCUACACCAAGUCAGCCUCCACGACAUGUGCAAGCCAACGGUAAGGAUGAUGAAGAAAGCACACCCCCGUCGUCGAACAAAACAUCCAAUGUCAGACCCCCAACCCUCGCCAUCACCCCUUCUCCUUCCCCAGGAGAGACUCAAACCUCCCAAAAUCCCACCUCCAAUAAUCUUCUGCAACCUCCAUCCCCUUCUCUAGCCAUGACCCCUGUUACAACCUCCCUUGAUACUUCUCCUCAUGACCCCUCAACUCCCUCCUCUGUGCCUCAGUCUGCCCCUGCCAAGACUAAAGAGAAGGGGAAGAAGGGCAAGCGGCAGAGAGGGAAAAAAGCUGACAAUAACAAUGGUGACAGCUCAAGCACAGACAGCGAUAUGGAGCACAGCCAUGGAGGAGGCCGAGGCAGCACCAGCAUGCCAGGAUCGCCUGCGGGAGGGGGGGUCCACUCCCCGGCCUCAGUCAAGCGGUACCGGGACAUGAUCGCCACUUCAAAGGGGGCUCGGCUGGUGCCAGGGAGGAGGUCAAAAACAGAGAACAACCCUGGAGCAGCGAGGCGUAAAGCGAUGGCUAACAGAGAGAAGCGUUUCACAUUUGUUCUGGCGGUGGUAAUCGGUGUCUUUGUGGUGUGCUGGUUCCCGUUCUUCUUCUCCUACUCUCUGCAGGCAGUGUGUCCGGAGACAUGUGCCAUCCCUGGUCCACUCUUUACGUUUUUCUUUUGGAUCGGUUACUGCAACUCCUCACUCAACCCAGUCAUCUACACCAUUUUCAACAAAGACUUCAGAAAUGCCUUCAAAAAGAUACUGUGUAGUAGCACCAAGGGUACUUUCUUUUAGCAUACAUAUCCCCUGUAUAGGACAUGGAUUAAAAAAGCAUAUAAAAAUCAAUAAUUUCCAUUUCCGAACACUCAAAGGGCUGUCUUAAAAAAAUGUUGAACUAUGGAAAUUCCAGCAUGAAGUUCAGAACUGAGAAACACUCUUUUACAGCCACAGUGUGCCGAACAGGCAACUUGGACUGUUAAAUUGCAGCGUUCAUCAGACACACGCAUACAUUUUUACAUAGUGUGGGAUGAAAACAGGACAUGGAAUAGAGGCAGCACUCAAUACUCAAUACAUUGAAUUAUGGAUAAUGCUGGGGUACAGGGGGUGCAGAAUCAUUGAAGAAAUGUAGGCUAUACACUCUUACAAGUGAUAAGUCGUAAAACUGGGUUAGGGGGUUAGGGAGAAGCAGGAGAACAGUUGAGAAUGAACUCCUAAAUAAGAAUACAGAAUACAGUUUAAUGUAAAAUAUAUACUAUUUUGUAAUUAUUAAAUUCUACAGGACUAAUGGGAAAAGAAAACAAGUAUAAAUAAGAAAAGUGACCUUAGGUUUCUGUGAGCCUAUGGCCAUUUAUUUAUCGAUACAGAGCACAAGGAGCACACAAGCUUAGUGGUGAUUUCUUACAUCUGCAGUCCUAAUUUGCCCAGCUCCAGGGCAAACAUGUGUUCCCCGAUUUUUAUCUAAAACGCGCAGCAACAGCAACAACAACAAGAGAAGGUUUCUGACGAUUUCAAGCGGGAUGGCACAGACAAGGGCACCCUUUCAAACUGAACUUGAGGGCUUUCAUAAGGAAAGCCUGCACAUCAGACACCUUGCUUGUGGCUUGGUGUGGGUCAUAAUGGACAAUCAGGUUGUUUGUAAUGAAACUCGUGGCUUUCAACUUUGAUGAAAUACAGAAUAAGCUUAAGUGUAGGGGAAUUUGGACUUAAAAAAAAAACAACAAAAUGUUAUUGAGAUGUAAAAAUAAGACAAUGUGAUCAUCCUCAUCCUCUUAGCUUUGCUGUUUCAUGCUAUUUAACUUAACCUGGACGUUCACACCAAUGGACUGGAUUGAGCAAUCCUUUUUAAUGAACAUGUGACAAUGACAUUUGAGGAACAAUCAAAACUGUUUUUAGCCUCUUGAAAGUGUUUCAAAUGUUAUUCACAGUAUCUAAUGGGAGGUGCAUCCGCUGAAGACUAAAAAAAAACUAGAUUCUAAUAAUUCAACGUUAUUUUCCAGAACCCUGUUUAAGUGGGCAGACAUUUACAUUGACUGUAAAGGACACAUAAACAAUGCAAUUAUGGAUGUGUAAUGUUAUCCCUAAUUACGCCUACAUGGGUUAUUCUGAGAACCAUUUGGUUGAGUCACUCUUUACCAAUGCCUCUGGCACAUCGUCACCUGCAGUGGACCUCAACAUGGCACAUUUGGUUUAUAGCUGAGAGGCAAGAGCAUGAAUGGUACAUUUAUUUUUCUCACCAUGAGACUGAGGCUCUGUCAGCUUCCUCGAUAAAAAAGAAAAGAAAAUGUGUCUGUAAAUGUGAACAGCACACAGGCUUAUUGACUCAAUGGGACAAGGGCUGUCAGCAGCAACACUUCAAUUUACUAAUUGUCUAAUACUGCUGA